AUGUACCCAUUCAAUUAUAUAAACAAUUCUUUGAAUUUGCCAUCAUUAAAUAUUAUUACAACAACAUCUAUUUAUCAUCUAUUAAAUAUUAGUAAAAAAUAUCAAAAACGAAAACAAAAUACAACAAUUACUUAUACAACUACUUCAUUCAUUUCAAAUAUUAGUUCACUUUCAACUUCUACAAUUCAAUAUCAACAAUCUUCAUUGGAUGAAACCUAUUCGGUUAAAACAGGCAUUAGGAUAGGAGCUCUUCUUGGUGGUAUGUUAUUAUUGGUCGUUAUUCAUCUACUUUGGAAAGCUCGUGCACGUUUAUGUCGUUCAUCAUCAUUAUCAAAAUCAGAUAUUAAUAAUCCACAUUUAUCAGCAAAUAAAUUUGAUUUAGAUUAUUGGUUAAAACAAGUUGAUUUACUUGAAGCAAAAGAAAUUGAACGUAAUCGUGAUGGUCUAUCACCUUAUCUUGAAUUACCAACUGAAGAACCACGUGAUAAUCAAAUAGCAACUGCUUCAUGGAUUGUUGAUGCAUGUCAACAAUGGCAUUUUGUACAAUAUCGACAACAACAACAACUUCUUCAACAAACAACAAAUCAACAAAUUGAAUCAAAUCCAAUUCCAUAUAGACGACGUCGACAUAUUUUACGUCGUUUUAUUCGACGUCUAUUUGUUCCAACACAUCAACAACCAUCAUUUUUAGAUCAACAUUUAUCAUCAUUAAUUGCUGAUUUAAGACCAAGUAUAGUAAAUAAUAAUUUAAUUCCACCAUUAGAAACAUUAGAUAUUCCACCUCGACGAGUUCUUUCAUGGCCUCGUCUUAAAUCAACUCAUCAUCAAAAUGGUGCAAUGAUGAGUGCAUUAGAAGCACGAAAUGCUAGAAAACGUCUUCUUAAACAAAUAACACGAACUAAUACAUUGGAUCAAUGCGAAAAAAAAAUUUGA